CAUACAUCCCAAAAUCUAUGAACAGAAUACCAUAAUAGUGGCAAUCCGGCCGUUCCUCUUUCCGUCUCGGGCUGGUUCUGUUUUUAUCCCUGAACUACUUUUCAUUGACCAUGAGCAAAACAAAGUCGAAAACGGCUUGCCGGUAUUAUCUGGCCUCAGGUAGUUGUACGUUUGGGUCCGAUUGUUUGUUUCGGCACGACAAGCAACAGACGGGCCAUACCAAUAAUUCUACAAAUGCGAAAAAGAAGCAAAAGAAGCAAAAGAAACCGCAAAACUCCAACCAAAGAGAAAAUAAGAGAUCCCUCGACCAUAUCGACCGAUUCUUUGCCAGGUACCCUACCUUCGAAUACGACUCCUCGAGGCCAAUUUGGACAGAAUUCUACCGAAUGUGUGAAUUCUUUAAAUGGGAUCGGCAUGACAAAGAGAUGAAAGAUGCAAAACAAGAGUUCAAAACAGCAAUGGUGAAACAAUUUAACGAUAUUUACGGAACAGAUCCAAACAAUCUCAAUUCAUGGCAGAAGCUGUGUCGUGUCCUGAACAUGGAACCGGUACCUACAGACUUGGCAGCAUGUCGCGAGAGCGUACGUCAGACCCAUGUAAACUUGGUCGAUCUCGUGGAGACCCAGAACACUGGGUUGCCCGUCAAAGUGUUUGAAACUCUAAAGCAACUACAGGAUUAUACUAUUCCUAACGGGAAGUUCUUCCCUAAGAAAAGCGCAUACCAGGGUGGCUUGUUACGGUUCCUCCUUCGAGAAAUUCUCUAGGAAUUAUAGUCUCCGGUACAACGAAUUAGUGCAGAAUAUAGAGAGAAGGAAUAGUUAAUGAAUCCAUAUUCUGUACAAGCUGUAGAAAAACUAGGCCAAUGCACACGCCAAGCUGGUAGUCUUUGCCCGAUUUGUAAAGACCUGCUAUUAGGUACUGAGGACUACUUAUCGACUUGUGUGAGCGACGAUAUCAAGAAGGUCUUGGAGGAGC